CAGGUCAUCUCGGUCAUCUGUCUAGCCUUCUACAUGUUGCGGUACAUAGCUUUGGACGAGAUGAGAGACUCAAUAGGUAAGUUGGUAGGGGGCUGUAUUAAUCCACACAGCUGAUCUGGGAUUAGGAGCUGUUGGGGUUUAGUCACUGACGCGCGUGGAGUUAAUUCGUUUGGCGGCUGUUCAACAGCUGUCAAAUAUGGCGUGUAACGUUUCGACGGGCCCCCCCCCCCCAAAGUAAAAAUUGAGAAAUAUUUUAACCAUUGUUUAUAUUGUUCAUGCCCGAUAUUUAGGUGACCGACCACACUGCGAUAAAUGAUUAAGUUUGACAAGGGGGUGUGUUUAAGCCAAGUAUAGGAAAUAGUAAAACAGGUUUUGUGAAAGCUUAAAAAAAAAAACAGGGAGCAUCCAUCAGCAGACGACAUAGGCAAGGAGUAAAAGAGAUUGAGAAAAACAAAAGGAACUUGGCAAGCUAGUGGCGGUAAGAGUGGCUGUUAACAGUGGCGUAGCUAGGGUUAGUCCAAGUUGGGGUAGGACAAGAUUUUGUCAACCCCGUCUUCACGAACCCCACCCCGCCACCAACCCCUUGCCAUUGGUUGAAAAAUACCACCCAUCCAUGUAACGAAAAAAAUGCCGCAUGGGGCAGACCGCCAGUCCAUUCCACCGCCAAUCACUGGGUGUGGAAUAAUAUACAUAAUAUACAAUUUUACAUUUAAUCAAUACAAGAUUAUUCCAAUGACCUGAUCAGUCUCAUACUAUGUCACUACACAAUGGUGAUGUUAUGUCAUCAGUCACAUGACCAUCCACUGCAGACGUGAACAGUCUCAAUCAUGGCGUCAACAAUAUCAAACAUGGCGAUUAGUAGAAGUAAGCAGCAUCGAUUUUUGGUUUGUUUGAUUUUUAUUUUUCUAAAUUGUGGACUGUCUGCUGCUCUAUCCACGCCCAGAGUCCACGUGCAUCUAUCACAUGGGACUGAUCGUCUGCUGCAUACGUCAGUAAUGAUGAAGAGCAGCUACAGUGUGUAUGUUGCCGCAGUAACGUUUGUCGCCCCCCCCCCCCCCCCCCCCCCCCCACUCUAGAUAUGAAUCAAAUCUUAUCUUGAUAUGACUCACUUUUUGUAUUCUAGAUAUGACACAUAUCUUGUGAUCUAUCUAGAUAUGGCUCACUUGUUAUCAUCUAGAUAAGAUUUAGAUCUUGUCAUCUAGAAAUGACUCACUUUUUGUCAUCUUGAUAUGACACAGAUCUUGUCAUCGAGAUAUGACUCACUUGUUAUGUAGAUAUGACACAGAUCUUGUCAUCUACGCAUAACGAAUAUAAAAUAACUAAAAUCUUGUGACCUAUGUAUGACUCACGUCAUGUCGUCAUGUCAUCUAGAUAUGACUAGUUUCGUGUCAGAUAGAUAGGAUGUGUAAAUAUCUCAAAUCUUGUCAUCCAGAUUUUUAGAUGUCACUUCAUUUCAUCCUGAUUUAAACCUGAAAGUUGUCAUCUAGACAUGACUCGAUUUCAGUCAUCUUGUCAUGACUCAAAUCCUGGUCUUGAUGUAUCUUCCUGACUCCCAUAUGACUUGUUUUUUUGUUGUUAUGUUUCACAGAACUCAAGGGAAUUGUUUACGCUGGAUUCGUCCUGUAUUCAUUCCUCAUUGGCGUCUCUUUGAUCCUCCUACCGGGGGUUUACAUGGUAAGUUAAGACACUUACUUGUGGAGUGCUAAACAUGAAGAAGGAUUUUAUGUGUGUUAUUGUAAGUGGGAGGGUGGGGGGUGGGGAGGGGUAAAGGGGGAGGAGGUUGGGUGGGGGUGGAGGGUGGGAAUAGGGAGGGUGGGAAGAGGGAGGGUGGGUAGAGGGAGGAUGGGUAGAGGGAGGGUGGAGUGAGGGAGAGAGGUGGAGGGAGGCAUGAGAAGGGAGGGAAGAGGGUGGAGGGAAGUGGGUGAAGGGAAGAGAGAGGGUGAAGGGAAGCUGUUAGUGAGGCAGGGAGGGAGAGGGGUGAAAGGGAGUGAAGGCAAGAGAGUGAAAGGAGGGAGGGAGGGUGGGACAGAGAGGUCGAGUGGCAAUGAAAACGUAAAACAUAUAUUGUAAUGAAGUGUGCUAUUUAUUAAUAAAUGUUUGCUAGAAAAUUCCAGUUAAAGCUUGUCUUCUGGCCAGGGUAACACCCACCAAUUUAGACCAUUGAAAAUGCAGACCCCCCAGGGUAACACCCACCAAUUUAGACCAUUGAAAAUGCAGACCCCCAGUUAACACCCACCAAUUUAGACCAUUGAAAAUGCAGACCCCCCAGGGUAACACCCACCAAUUUAGACCAUUGAAAAUGCAGACCCCCCAGGGUAACACCCACCAAUUUAGACCAUUGAAAAUGCAGACCCCAAUCCACAAAACCUACUGUAAAACAAGCAAAGUCCAGGCCAUUGUUACAAAAGGGUUUCCAUCAUUCCUGUUUAUUCAUUUAUUAGUACAUUUAUUCAUCUGACUCCAAUUUUGUUCUCUCCCCUCUACCACCAUCUUAGGACCGGAAGUUUCUGCUGUUACCAUGGAUCUACGUGCUGGUGAUCACAGUGUUAUACGAGACAGGGGCGAUAGCUCUCAUUACAACAGUGCAUUUGGAACAGGAGCAUGUAAGUUGUCUCCUCCUGGUUGUGGUUACAUCAAGUCCAUACUAUUAGUAAAUGGGUGGAUCUGGGUGGGAAAAAGUGUUUCACAAUUGUUAAUAUUUAAAAGGAUGCAAAACUUGUCAAGAUAACUAUUUCUGCUUCUCAGUCCCAACAUUAGACAAAUUUGGCCAUUUAUCCUAAACAUGCCACAGCAGGGCCAGCACUUGGGGGUGGGGGGAGAGUGGCACCUCCCAAGGCAUCACGCUUAUGGGGUACCAUGCUUAUUAUGUAUUAUUAAUGUGUCUAUGUGUCGUUCGUAAUUCCCAGUCAAGACAGUGUACAAGAUAAUAAAAUGAUCACAGUGUUCUUUUCCCCACACCAUCCCUCAUAUUUUGCCUAUGACCUGUGAUGCACCCUCCUUGCCCUACCUCAUUUUCUGUUUAGGGUUGAUCCUGAAGUGUCAAAGUGUCCUCGUUUUAUAGCCAUUUUCAUUGUUUCUAUAGUAUAGUAGUUACUAUCCUAGUGUCUCAUUUUUAUUUACUUAGUUUACAUGUUUUAAUAAUUGUAAAGCGCUUAGAGCUUUAUGAUAAGCGCUAUAUAAAAAUGCCUAAAUAAAUAAAUAAAUAAAUAUUCAGCAAAUUCAUAUCAUGAUUCUGGAUAAUUUAAACCAACAUUGUGUUUAUUGGGACAUGGAUUUGAGAUGUAGGAAUUCACAGACUAUGAAUGGUUCGCACUUACUAGAAGUACUGUAGAUCUGUAAAUAUCUUUACAAUGUCUUCAGUUGCUUUUGCCGCUGCCAGAUUAUUCACCAAAUACUGCAGUUGUAACAAGAGUCCCAGUAACCGCAGAAAGUGCAAAAUGAAAUUUUUCAACAUUGAAGUUACUAAAAAUUUACUUGAGAUCACCAAUGUCUCAGGUUCUUUUGAAUGGAUUAUCAUCAACAUUGUCAAUUGAUCAAGACAUUGUUUCCACCCUUCACAAUUAAGAACUCUCAAUUUUUUUUUCUGUUUAAUUAGCUGCCCAUUUACCAUCUGAAAAUUAAGAUUUUCAACGACCUUGUUGAAUCUUUGAGCUCAGGGCAAUGUUUUUUUUAGAAAUUUCGUAAACUAAUCAAGUGAAAAAAUAUGUGGUAUGAUGUGUCCCAUUAUUAUGACCAGUAAGACCCAUUCGGGGUAUAUAAUGUCAAAGGCUCCACAAAAUUUAAUUUCCCAAAGUGUUUCCCCCCCACCCCUUUAAUGUUGGCCUUGGCCACUGCACCCAUUUUCCAGGUUUGAAAAAUAAUUUAAAAUAAGUUAUCAUCAAAUAAAUAAUGUUUUCCAUUUUUUUGCCUCUUCAGACUCUUGAUGCCUGGGAAAUAGUUGCAGUAGUGUUUUACUGCAUUCGGCUUAUAGCAAAUGUAAGUAAUUUGAUUUGUUAACUGUGUUUUUUGUCCUAUAACUUAGUCACUCAGUAGUUUCCUAAUGAGGCUACUUCUAUUGGUUAUGUAUACAGACUAUUGAUUGGUUGCCAUGACAACUGAGAGAGCCAGGUGUUUAUUACAUUCUCCAAUUUCAAUAAUUUAAUUUACAUUUUAAAAAAAAAUAGUGUUAGGGAAUGAAAAUGGCUCUACCAGUGUUGUUUAAACGUUACCAUGGAAACUUGGUCAGUGUAUUGAUCUCGAUUAACGUUUUUCCUCUACAGUGCUACUGCUUUGCUUGUGUGGUCUCACAGUAUCAAGAGUUAACAGAAGGACGUGGUACAUAUGAGUUUUUGUUUAAACCAGUAAGUUUCUCUCUCUCUCUCUCUCUAUUUAUAUAUAUAUUAUUUUCUCUGUUAAGUUCAUUUGAACUGGAUUGGUCUUAUGCAUUCGUAAUGUAUCAAGAAAUCAUAAGUAUCUAAUUAACCUUUGGGCAUUUUUGUUUGUAAGAUGCAUUAUGGGUUUUGUCAGUGUGUUUAGUUGAUGGGGAGCAAGUGGCAUUAGAAAUAAUAUGAGGCUAAAAUUGUAUCUCUAAUUAAGCUUGGAGCUGUAUUUUGUAAAAAGAAGAAUGUAUCUGUAAAUUAAAAGAAAAGGUGUAAAAAUACUUAAAUGAAAGAAAAGGUUGUUUUAUUUAUGUUGUGACAUCUGAAGGGAUCUCCAUGUUAAAGUAACUCUUCAGUGGGACGAAAACAUUUAAAUGAUUUCACCUUUGUUAACAAUAGAUUUUCUUUUAUUUAAAACUUAAUUUAAUUUUUACUUUACUUGACGUUAAUUUGUGCCCCUGGCUUCACAAAAAUGUGUACCGCUGGUGAACAUUAAUUUUAACUCAUAUUGUUAAAGUUAAUUUUUAUUUUUGCUGUGCUCAAAUUUAUUGAUCAAUUAAGUAUUAAUUUUUUUAUCAGACCGUUUGACUAAAAAUUGAAUUAUAUUCAAACAGUGGAGGCGUCAAAUCGCUAGGACGGCACACCUUCCAGACUUUGAUGAGUACAAUCCACCCUAUGGUGCCACCCUUCCACCAUACAGUGAGGACAACCCAUUUAAAGAAUACUCACCGCCAAAUUACGACAAUGUUGUACAAGAAGGUGGCGAGUCGAACAGAGCCAGUAGCAGAGUCAGUGUCCAGUGCGAGGUCACACGCCACAUCAGGCCAGCAUCACAGCACACGGCUGAAGGUGUUAGGACCGCCACAACGGGAAGUUAUGAUGACAUUUCACUGUCCGGCAGUGCUGACACUUGCAUAGAAUACACAGACCUACGACAUCUUCCAAACUUACAUAGACACCUGGAUCGCUCUGGCUACAGCAGUGAGACAUUAAGCAGCACCCUGUCCCCUCUACAUUCGCGUACCUCUAGUUUCUUGAGUGACGAUGCUUCCAGCCAAAACAGUGUGCCGUACAGCAACCGGAGAUCGCAUGACAAGUCAUUAAAUGACAGCGGCAUAGCGAUGACGCCGUCUUCUGGUCGCCUCUUGGAGUUCUUGGAAAGAGACGAUAUUUGGUCCAAC